GUGACUUUGUUGACUUUUUUUUUGUUUUAGUAUUCAGGCUGAUUCGUUUCCACAUUUGUUAACCGGGUACGAAUUGAAUCAAGAAAAAAAACCACAAUGGGAAAUAUUGGAUUGACAAAAGAUCAUAUGAGUUUGGAAAAAUAUACGUUUCCAUAUCUACGCAAAGAUAAUUAUCCAUCGGAUCGUGUUGAAUCACCAUACGAUCCAUUAGAAGGAUUUCCAAAUGGCCGUAAAACUCGAGUCAUGAUCGCCACCCAAGAAGAAAUGGAUUCAGCAAAAGUGCAUCCAAAAUAUCGUGAUUAUUGUGCACAUAAAUAUAUUGAAUAUCAAGCUUGUUUGAAAAAUAAUCGUCCAUUUUAUUGGCGAUGUAAACAUGAACGUCAUGAAUAUGCGGAAUGUGAAUUUGAAGAUGCCGUUAUACGAAUGAAAGAAUGGGAAAGAGAACGUCGUCUUAAGGAACGGGAAAAAAGACAAGCAAGAAAUCUUUGAAACAAAUUGAAAUUGGAUCAUUAAUCAAAUUAUUGAAUUUUGAAUGUAUGUGUGUAGUGUAAAAGAAUUUUAC